AUGGGUCAAAUAAUGUUUAUGACUAGGCGUGUGAGGAUGAGAAUUAAUUAUCAAAAUAUGAAAAUUGGAGAAAUGGAAAAAGUGGUUUUAACGAGCAAAACUGAGAGAGACACCAUAUCCGUGAGCUUGUAUACUGUAUCCGAACAAAACAGAACUGUUAUCCGUGUUAAGCAGUUGUUCUUAUUCUAUGACAGUACGUACGAAGACAAUACUGGUAAUACAGCUGUUGAACAUGUGCCAAGAUAUGUUUGCCCAUGUGUAUGCGAUAUUCUUUUAAGCAAGCGACGACAUGGUUUUCAUGGGCAUGCAACAUUAACUCUCAUUGGCUAA